UUUUUUUUUUUUUUUUUUUUUUUUACAUUACAUACAUAGUUUGUUUCUCCCAUCUUUAGAAAACGCUCCACCGUUGUUCCCUUUCUUCACCUUCACUUUACCAUCAGGCUGACCCUGACAGAAUCGGAUCGAUACCCAGAAACCUUGAUAAUAUUCGCAACGACGAGACGAACAGUGGGAUUUUAUAUUGAGCUAGGGACGUGACACGCCGCUCGCGUGCACUCCUCGGGUUUUAUUUUCUUCCUCGCCAACCCACCCACUGGCAUUGUCCAGUCUUUUGGAAGUGCAAGCCAACGCGCCAACAGCCAAUCCUGUCCAGAAAGGACCAAUACCUCCUUUUCCUCUUGGAAUUCUAGGAAAAUCUCCGACCAUGUCCGACAAGGAAACGACACCCGGCAUGGCCGCCGAGGCCAAGGACACCACCGUCACCGGACUUGACAGCGGAGUCAACAGCGCUCCCGAGGUUGAAGCCCCCGGACAAGGCAACUUCGACCUCCCUUCGGGAUGGAUGUACAAGAGGUUUCGCAUUGCCGGUAGCGAGCUCUGGUAUGCAUCGCCCAAGGUUCAAUUGAUCAUCGUGUCUUUGGUGUGCUUCCUGUGCCCGGGUAUGUUCAACGCCCUUUCAGGUCUCGGCGCCGGUGGCCUGGAGAAUGAUACUGCCCAGGCUCAGGCAAACACUGCGCUCUACUCCACUUUCGCCGUUGUCGGCUUCUUCUCGGGAACUUUUGCCAACCGUCUGGGAAUCAAACUCACCAUGGCCAUCGGUGGCCUGGGUUACUGCGUCUACGCGGCUAGCUUCUUGUGCUACGUCCAUACAAAAAAUAUCGGCUUCGUCAUCUUCGCGGGUGCACUCCUGGGUGUGUGUGCUGGUCUGCUUUGGUGUGGUCAGGGUGCCAUCAUGAUGUCGUAUCCUCCCGAGUCGCACAAGGGCCGGUAUAUCAGUUGGUUCUGGAUCAUUUUCAACACUGGAGCCGUCGUUGGUUCAUUCAUUCCCUUGGGACAGAACAUCAACAACUAUACUGGCGGCGUCACGGACGGCACCUAUGUCGGCUUCAUUGUCCUGAUGUUGGUUGGUGCCGCCCUUGCCCUGUUUCUGUGCAACUCAGGAUCUGUCAUCCGUGAGGAUGGUACCAAGGUUAUUGGAAUGAAGAACCCGUCUUGGAUCUCUGAAUUCAAAGGUCUCUGGUCCGUCCUUAUCGAGGAGCCUUGGAUCGUGGCCCUCUUCCCCAUGUUCUUCGCCUCCAACAUCUUCUACACUUACCAGCUCAACAUUAUGAACGGCGCCUAUUUCAACGUCCGCACGCGUUCGCUGAACAGCUUGCUGUACUGGAUCUCGCAAAUCAUUGGCGCCAUCAUCUUUGGCUACGCAUUGGACUUUCCGAGUGUUCGUCGGUCUAUACGCGCCCGCGUCUCCCUGGGUGCCCUCACUGCCAUGACUUUUAUCAUCUGGGGUGGUGGCUGGGCGUUCCAGUCCAAGCAGCCCACGCGCGCUGUCGUCGCGGGCGAGGAUCACCGGAGGGUUGACUGGACCGACGGUGGUGAGGCAUACAUCGGCCCCAUGUUCUUGUUCAUGGCCUAUGGUUUCUUCGACGCCAUCUGGCAGACGUGCAUUUACUGGUACAUGGGCGCCCUGUCCAACUCUGGACGCAAGGCUGCGAACCUCGCUGGUUUCUACAAGGGUAUCCAAUCUGCUGGUGCUGCCAUCUUUUGGCGCCUCGACAGCUUGCAGGUUGAGUUUGACACGAUCUUCGGUGCAACUUGGGGUAUCCUUGCUGCCUGUCUUAUCUUCGCAGCUCCGAUCAUUUGGCUCAAGAUUAAGGACACUGUCGAAGUCGAGGCUGACCUGAAGGGAACUGAUGAGACAGCUUCAGAUGUGAUUGUGGCACCUGAUGCCGCCGCAGAGAAGCGUAUGGACGUUUGAAAUACAUGAUGCUGCUAUUUAUGGCAAAAAUGUACACGUGUGAUUCUGGUUUCCUGUCUGUUGUAUAAACAGGAUCCUGUCUCUCUACGGAAAUCUGCUUAAUAAUGGGUGGCUUGUAGAUGCAGACUACAGGAUGCGUCAGGGCGUUGUUUUUACCAACACUGCAUCGGCUUAACUGCGUAGAAUACAACCAUCGUUGAUUUGUUAUUUGUCUUUUGAAUGCGUGCUCCUAGUUUUAGAGCCGGAUGUGCUAUAAUGGGGAUGUUACAUGGGGUGGAUGAUCAUUACUUGAAGCUGUAACCCGAUUAAGACGCAGAGUAACAAAGGCACAUUGCUGAUGAUAUUUUUGCCAAGGAUUUCAAUCAAUUCAAGGCAUUUUAACGAGUCGCUGAUAUAGAAUUUGCAACGGUAUUAACUGGAAACUUAUGAGAAAGUGAUUGCG